AUGAAUUUGAAUACACGAUUUUUUACUACCUAUAAUCAUCGUCAGAGACAACCAAUAAUUGGAUACCGUUCUCCAUUAUACCAUCCACAUGCACCAAUUUUAAAGAAUACACGAUCCUCCUAUGAACGUCUUAAUGCAAGUGAAUCAUUUUUACCAGCAAUAACUACUAUGAAUAGUAGUGAUGAUGGACAUAACCCAUAUUAUCGAAAUGAUUUUGCUAACAAUCAUUUAUUUAUUACUAAACAUAAAUUAGCACGAAUAUUUCGUAAUCAAUUACCAAUGAAUAUGCAAUCAAAUAAUGAUGAUCUUUAUUUAGUUGAUCGAAAUGAAUUCGAAAAGAAAAAUUCGAGAAUAAACAAAAUUAAACGAGAAGAGAAUAAUUUUUAUCCUAAAAUAAAUUUACCAACUGAUCAUGAUGCGCAUGUACCUGUUAUUAAUCUUAUUCUUAAACCAUCAGUACCAUCAUCAUAUAUUCGUCAUUCAGCGCAAUCAAUAUCAAAGCAUCCCACACGUACAAUUAAAUUUCGAACAAAAUCUUUACCUUCAUUAAUGGUAUGGACUAAUCCAACCAUGGAUGAACGUAUUCAAUCAAUGUCAAAUCAUAUAGUUGGAGAUGAUCUUCAAGGAAAUACAACUAUUAAUGAAUUAGUAGAUAAUAAUCCUUUCAAUACAUCGUUAUUAUAUUUUAAAUCAAUUAUACCUUCAAAACAUGCUUGA